GCGAGCGCUCUAGGGUUAGAGGAUGCCGCGGGAGCGAGGAUUCCAUCAGCUGAUCGCAUGAACGCGCCCGGAUCGGCUCGGUGGAAUGCCCUUGCCUGGGAAUGCGGCAGGUUUUGAUGAUGAUGGUAUCGACUGGGCGGCGGCCGUGACGGAGGUGGAGAAUGUGGAGGCCGGGUAUUUGCAGAGCAAGCAAAAUGUUGAGGCGCAGCAUCGAGCUGGGCGACAGCAAACACUCGAUUCUUUCUUUAGAGGACGGGCGAAUAGUGGUGAGCAAAAUCAAGCUAGAGAUGGAGAUGUGGAAGGGAUACAAGUGCCCAUUGAUCCUGUUGCUGCGACUACUUGGGUGUAUCCAGAAAAUGUUCCAUGUCGGGAGUAUCAGUUCUCUAUUGCAAAGACGGCGCUCUUUACGAACACCUUGGUUUCACUGCCAACCGGACUUGGAAAGACAUUGAUUGCCGCCGUAGUGAUGUACAACUUUUACCGAUGGUUUCCGGAAGGAAAGGUUGUGUUUACAGCUCCUUCGAAGCCACUGGUUGUUCAGCAAAUUGAAGCCUGUCACAACGUUGUGGGCAUUCCUCAGGCGUUGACGAUAGAUAUGACAGGACAGAUUAAUCCCUCGCAACGAGCAGCUUUUUGGAAAAGCAAGCGGGUCUUUUUUGUUACACCACAAGUUCUUGAAAAAGACAUAAAGUCUGGUAGUUGCCCACUACAACAACUUGUCUGCCUUGUUGUGGAUGAGGCUCAUCGCGCUCUUGGAAAUUACGCGUAUUGUGUGGCUGUCCGAGAGAUAAUGGCUGCGAAAAUAGUGUUGCGAAUACUGGCUUUGACAGCAACACCUGGAUCUAAACAUGCAACAAUACAAUCUGUCGUUGAUAAUCUAAAUAUAUCUUGCCUGGAGUACCGUGACGAGUAUGAUCACGACGUGAGCCAGUACACGCACGACAGGAAGCUCGAAGUUAUUACGGUUCCGUUGAAUGCAGAAUCGAAGAAGCUCAGAGACAUGCUUUCAGAUAUCCUCCAGCCAGUAGUUUUAAAACUCUGUAACUAUGGAGUGUUUUACAACAGGGAUAUUGCAAGGCUCACUCCCUAUGAAUUUCUCACUGCGAGAGAGAAAUUUCGACAAGUUCCUCCAGUAUCUCUUGCUCAAGGGCAAACUGGUGAACUGGAAGGGUGUUUUGGAGUAGGUAUAACGUUAUGCCACAUACUCAAGCUACUUUCUAGUCACGGUAUAAAACCAGCCUUUGAAAUGCUUCAACAAAAAUUGCAGCAAGGGUUACUUGCACGGAUGAUGGGUCGAAAUGAAAAGCUGCUUCAUGUUAAACAGUUAAUGCAGCAGACUAUAAAUCACGGUGCUCCAAGUCCUAAGCUUGAUAAGAUGGAAGAAAUUAUCUUGGCUCACUUCGGUGCUGACAAUUCAGGGAAUACAAGGGCAAUUAUCUUCACGAAUUUCAGGGAGAGCGUAAAGGACAUAAUGGAGUGCUUAGGCAAGAUUAACGGUCCCGUGAAAGCUAUGGAGUUUGUUGGGCAAAGCUCUGGGAAAACUUCUAAAGGACAAUCUCAAAAGAUUCAGCAGCAAGUGCUUCAGAAGUUUCGAGCUGGUGGUUACAACACUAUCGUCGCUACCUGUAUUGGUGAAGAAGGGCUCGACAUUAUGGAAGUGGAUCUGGUUAUCUGUUUUGAUGCCAAUAUCUCUCCUUUGAGGAUGAUUCAACGCAUGGGACGAACUGGCCGAAAACGUGAUGGCCGAGUGGUUGUUUUGGCUAGUGAGGGAACAGAAAUUCAAGGUUAUCUGAACAAACAAGCUAAAGGCAAAGCUAUCGGCAAGCACAUGAUGAAUGGUGGGCUACGAAGCUUCAACUUUCAUGCCAGCUCUAGAAUGGUUCCUCAUGCCUUUACACCACAGGUACAAAUGACAAAGCUUACAAUUGAGAAAUUUGUGCCUCGCUUUCGUAAAGCGAAACAAGACAAAACUCAAACGACAUUUAAUCCGAUUGCCGAGCUUACAGCAGACGAGAGCGCGAUGCUGUCAAAGUACUUUAAGUCACCGGAGGAGGAAAUCUGGAGUCCAUCACUUAUUGCAUUUCCGAAUAACCAGCUUAUUGCUACUGCUAUUCACAGUGUUAAACAUUCCUCAAGGACCACCUCAAUGCUUAUUGAUGUAUUGCAAGAGCUGCGUGAGCUGCGUGAGCUGCCACCUCGGAACGCUAUUGAUACACUCCCGCCUUCAAAUGCCGUUGAUAACAGUCACCGUGAACUGCCGCUUUCAAAAAGUGAUAAGGUAGCCAAAAAUGACGAAGACGCGGUCUUUGACCAUGCUGGUGAUCAGGGCUGGCAAGACUAUCCAUUUCAUCCAGAUCCAUAUGAAUCACUUGUAGACGCAAGUGCUGAAAAUGCUCCAGCAGAAACUUUACAUCCUGCUCCAGAACAAAGCUCUCCGCCAAACCAUCAAUUUUACUUCACCAAUGGUGCCAUUUCCAUCACAAAUGAGGGGUACGUGAUGGUAUCUUCACCACCUGAUUUAUUCGGAAGAGCACCCGAUAGCAAGCAGCUAGAAAGCACACAUAACGCGUCUCCGGUGCCAAUAAGUGAAAGUCCGAAACUGGUGGAAUUCGUGCCAGAAACACCUGACAUCGCAAAGGCGGAAGUAAUCUUUGAAAGUCCCAUUUUUACAAGACUGCCUUCGGAGGCUCGUGUCCAGAGAAGUGGCGGAAACAGCAGUAACGAAGACUGGAAGUGUCCUAGUAGUGAACUUCCCUCCGCAGUUAGGAAGCCUCGUCCUUUGAAACGGCUUAAAAGGGGACGAGAACUUCUGCCACUGUUGGCAACUUUCAAAGAUGAAAAUCGGGCGACUGAUACAGAAAAGGAACAGAUAAAGGAAGCCGUUCGGCAUUUUAUUGAUGACGAGGCCGAAGUUUCUUCGGAUGCGGAAGUUUCUCCUGACACUGAUCAUGAAAAUUGUACGUGUAGCGAUAGUUUCAUUGACGACAAUGUCCAUACCAGCGGUCCCGGUAGCGGUGCUCCUGUGGAUAUGAUGGCGAUUUACAGACGAUCCCUGCUCUCACAGUCCCCGGCUGAAGCCUUGGCUUACAUGCGGUCCCUUCAUUCCGGCAGCACUCCUACUUCUAGCAGCCUAUGCAAGUCAUCCCAAAAAUCCUCUCAUCAACCAUCGGUUCCUGCAUCCGACAGUGGUAAAAAGUCCGUCACGUUUAAUUUACUACCGCCACGGCCCGAGUUGCACACACGUAACGAGCAAGAAGAAGUCGAGUGCAGCACGAAGGAAUUUAGAAAGAGGAAGCUGAGCUUUCAUACGGGAGCAGGCCCGUCAAAUAACGCGAUAGACGCAGCAGUGAAGACUGAUGUGGAGGUAUCAAAUGGCAUUAGUUGCAGGACAGGCAUGGAAAACAGGGAUCCUUGGAAAGCUAGUACAGGUGCUGGGCCGAGCCACGAGCCAAUCGCGGACGACUUCUUUGAUGAUCUAGAUCUUGACGCACUGGAGGCUGAAGCUACUAAACAAUCUCGGUUACGCGGUACCCAAGCAGGUAUAGAACAACAGAUGGACGAAGAUUUUGAGUGUAUACCUUCAUUCGACCUCGGUAUAUAGAGGAGCAGUACAGAAAUGGAGGAAGGAAUUCAAUGACCACGGCAUUGUUUCAAGGGGUUUACAGCAGCACUAGUGGAAUGGCCGGGAUGGUAGGAAAUUCGGCGUUUCUGAU